UUGAGUGUGUCCUCAGUCAUGCAUCUGGAAUGGAAAGUCAAAGAUUUUAGGGAAACUGAGGAAAACAAAAUUAAAAAGCAAAAGAGUUCCUCCACAUUUUUGAAACAUAUAUAUACUUGAAGCAGUUUUAGAUUACAUGAUUUCUUUAGGAGUGGGGAUAGAUGAUCGCAACUCAAAGUAGAAUUAGAUUUUAUCCUAUGAACUGUAUCAUUAACUUUAUUUGUUUCAGUUCUGAAGUUCUUGAAGCAAUAGAAAAUGUUAUUCAAGAUGUACUUAAAAGCCUGGCCCAAAAAAAAGCACCUGUUCUCACACUGGCUAACAGAUCAGAUUGGAGGAACAUAGAAUUCAAAGAUUCUGUAGGUCUACAGAUGAUACCACAUUGUACUACAAAACAAAUAAGAAGUGACUGCCCUAGAUCAGCACCAAAAUUUGCUCUGAUGCUCAAAAUACUAUCUAUGAUCUAUAAGAUGGUGCAGAGCAAUACUUAUGCAACUAAAAGAGAUAUAUAUUAUUCAGAUACACUACUGUUUGGUAGCCAAAGUGUUGUCGACAAUAUAAUCAGUGACAUUUCUUGCAUGCUUAAGAUACCUCGGAGAAGUCUACAUAUACUGUCUACAACUAAAGGUUUUGUUGCUGGUAAUUUAAGUUACACUGAGGAAGAUGGUACAAAAGUGAAUUGUACCUGCGGUGCAACAGCAGUCACUGUGCCAUCUAAUGUUCAAGGAAUUAAAAAUUUAAUCUCACAUGCUGAAUUUAUGUUAAUUGUAGAAAAAGAUGCAACUUUUCAGAGACUCCUGGAUGAUGACUUCUGCAAUAAAUUGUCCCCAUGUAUAAUGAUUACGGGAAGAGGCAUACCAGAUCUUAACACACGACUUUUGGUCAGAAAGCUGUGGGAUACUUUUCAAAUUCCUAUUUUCACCCUUAUGGAUGCAGAUCCACACGGUGUAGAAAUAAUGUGCAUCUACAAAUAUGGAUCUGUGUCAAUGUCUUUUGAGGCUCAUCAUCUCACCGUUCCAUCUAUAAAGUGGCUUGGUCUCCUUCCAUCUGAUCUUCAGAGAUUAAAUAUACGCGAAGAUGUCCUGAUUCCAUUUACAAAGCAAGACCAAAAGAAGUUAGCAAGUAUACAAAAGAGACCUUACAUUGCUUGUCAGCCAAUGUGGAAAAAAGAACUGGAAAUUAUGGCAGCAUCUAAACUGAAGGCUGAAAUUCAAGUUUUAACUUCUCUUUCAUCAGAUUACCUUUCCAGAGUCUAUUUACCAAACAAACUGCAAUUUGGUGGAUGGCUAUGAAUACUUGUUUGUUUUUUCUUCAUAUUGAUUUAUUUUGUUGACUGCUCUUAGAAAAAAUGCAGAGAGACAGAGAAGUACGCUUCAGCUUCUUGUUAGGUUUCUUUAUCACUGUAUCUAGAUUAUCAUUAUCUCUUUUGUCUCUUUCAAACUGUAAGAGAAAUUAGGAUUCUUUUACAGAACACUGUUGUUUCCAUUCUGUGGCUUCUGCACUGUAACAAUGCCAAACGCGACGGUACAGACAUUAAAAGAUAAUGAGAUAUGUUCUUUCUGGCCAGAAAAUGUUAAGUUCAAAACUGUAUCAAGGAGUUGCUUUGCCUUUUGUCUUAAAGCACAAGAUGAUGCUGUACCUACUUUUUUAUUUUUCAAGAGAGUAAAAGACUUUGUUAGCAAUUUAUUGCGCAUGCCUCCUUUUGGAAAUUACCUGAAGUACAGCAUUGUGGCAUUUUGUGUUCGCUGUAAAUUCAGACUGAAAAGUCAGAGCUAAUUCUUCAUUGCUGUGUAUCUCAAGCAGCUAUAAGAGUUCCAGCAACCAAAUUACUCUUUGUCUUCAAUGAACAAGUAAGC